AUGAGUGAACUAAUAGUGGACGUACAGAACAAAUGUAGAAGUAAUAAAAGAUGUAAGUGCCAAGGGAACAAAAGAUAUGUCUCUGUGAGGGCAGGGAUAAUAAAAGGGACAGAUUUUGGAUACUGUACCCAUGAAAUUGACUCACAACAUACCAGGGAUAUUAAAAUCUCAAAUGUAUUCUGGCAAAAUGUUGAGCUCGAGAGAAUAGGGUUUUCCAAUUUGUUUGAAUCUUCAGUAUUUGUGACAGUAUUUUACAAUAAAACUUAUGACUAUGAUCAUAAUGCAAUAAAGAAGCCUCUCCUCAUAAGAUCUAAAGAUGCCGGUAGAAAGACUCAUUGGUAUCAGAACGUUGGAGGUUAUGCUAAUAAAAGAUGGCAACGGAUUAACACUGAGGCAUUAUCUGGAGGAUACCCCGAAGAGGACGAAUAUACUCAAAAUGAUAAAUUUGAGAAGAAGCUAAAGGUACUUUCGUGUAGAUUGUUUGUUUCUCAUAGGAUCCACAUAGACUUUAAUAAGGGUGAUAACUAUGAAAUUACGUGUGAAAUAUGCGGUGAUAAACUGAAAAUAAAUGUUAAGCGAGAUAAAGCUGACAAAGCUCCAGGAUAUACAAAGUACAAUUAUAGUGGUACGUUUUCUGAGAAUGCUAUCCUUGUUUACGAUGGAAGGCAACUCACCUUUCAGAAACGGUUAAGAUAUAAGACGGGUUAUUAUCUCCCAAUUCCUCUUGAUAGGGAGAAUUUUAAUGGACUAUCUGCCUAUUACUGGAAGGAAGACAACCAGAAGAAAAAUCCUCUAUUGAUAGAAUUUUCUGGUGAUAAUGGUUAUUCAUACUGGAUUGAAAAUAUUAGUAUUGCUGGAAAAGAUGGUAACUACAAACAUGAUAAAUGGAGGGCAUUAUCGUGGCAAAAUAGUUCUCCCGCAGACCUUAAGAAACGACUAGAUGUUCUGAAUUGUAUUUACAAUAAUGUUGUACAGAUUGAUGUUGGAAAUCCAGAAGAUUGUCAUUCUAAGCACUAUAAACAUAGUAAGAGAGUAUAUUAUUUAUAUAGUGAGGAAUAUGCUACACAUCCAGUAGUCUUUUCCUACAAAUAUUUAUCUUCUUUUGGUCGUGAUAAACCAUAUAAUAUAUCUGAAAUUUACGCAGAGGGUAGAAUUCAACAAUUUACAAAUGGAUUGCCAUUUAAGAACGUUAGAAGAUUUACUGCAUUUGUAUCUCCAUGCUUUGAUAAGAAACCAUUUCUCUUAUGUGUAGAAUCUGUUUUAAAUACAAAAGAGAUCAAUUGUGUGUGGUACAAGAGGAAACCGGGAAAUACAUGGGAGCACUAUACUGAGUUUUCUGGUAAGCCUAGCGAUUUUAAACUUAGGCUUGGAGGUGUAUUAAAAGAUGCUAAAAGUAAAUUAAACAUAGGAGACUGUGAUGUAAUCACUAGUGCAGACGGUAUAAGGCUUGAUAUUAAAGAAUCACCAAAGAAUAAUCUGUCCAAUCAUACUUACCAGGGUGAAUAUGGUCCAAAUAAAAAGGUUUCCAUAUUUGUGACGAAAUCUGAAGAGGGUCUUGUACCAGGCUUCAUUAGAAAUUCUCAUAAACCUUCUACUAAGAGUGGUAUAUUCGUUUUAAAUAGAACAUUAAAAGAUGACAGUAAAAUAGGAGUAACAGUAUCAUCGAACACCAAAAUCCCAAAUGUCAAAGAUUUCUUUGUAUAUUUCUGGAACGCAAGUCCAGAUGUACCAAUAUUACUUGGAGUUAUCACAAAAGAUAAUGAAGAAAAGACUACAUACUAUGGAACACUAAUCAAAACUUGGGGUCCAGGUCAGGUAGCUGGUAUGAAUGAACAAGAAGCAAUAGAUCAUCAAAAUUGUCAAAAGAACCAAGCUAUUCCUAUUGAACUGAAUAAACCAGACAGUUUUGAAUCGUUUUUUCCAGGUACAAUAAAAUCUAGUUGCCUAAAGAAUAAGUCUGUAAAGCUCUCUACACCUAAACCGGAUAUUCCCCAAGGAGCUAAAAAGGACUAUAAAGUAGAAUCCUACGAUAUUAAUCCUGUUAACACAAAGAUAUCUAGGAUUACCUAUAAUAACCAGCCUACUGACAUUAUUACUACGAAUGAUGUUAUCUCCAAUUUGAGGAUCUACAAGUGGAAAGAUGGUCCAGAGGAUACACCUCUACUUGUUGAGUUUGUAAAGCCUGCUGGAGGCUCUAUAUUUUUUGAGAAUCUUGGUAAAACUCCAGAAUAUAAGGAAUGGAAAAGAGUUCCUAGGACAGAAGCAGACCAUUUUUACAGUGACAAUCCACCAAAACUCACAGACAAAUUUAUAGAUAAGCUAAAUGAGGUUAAUUGUAGAGUAAAUGGACUUGUUCAAUUGGAUAUCUCACAAACUGGUUCUAAAUAUUGCCACGGUAUUUACGCUGGACAUGAGAAGAAGAUAAGUGUCUCCAAGGAAAAUAAAGAUAGAUACUCUGGUUUUAUUGGUUAUGAACAUACUCCAACUAGAGGUCAGAGUAUCCUCAAAGUAUCAUCAAUAUACAAUGGGAAGGAUAAACAGGAAUUAGGUGACUUUAACAUACCUAAAGAGGUCUCAAAAGUUACUGUUUAUUUCCCGACUUGUAAUGGAGGAACACCCAUAGCUAUUCGUAUCAAACAAACCAAAUUUCCUGAACAAUGGCUCAAGAGAAAAGUCACUAGGGGAGAAUGGGAAGUCGAUAGAGGAUUUGAAAAUAAAAGUGAUGAAGACGUUGAGACUGCUCUAGAGAGUGUAAAGGGGGCUAUUGAUGAUGCAUGUAACAAUCCGCUUCCACAUCCAAGAUUUACUGCUCCACAAUUUCCUUAUAUUCCCCCAGGAUCCGUAAAUCCUGUAUCACCUGUGCAUGACAAUGAUAACGAUGAUAAUCUUAGUUUUAAGGAUAUGGUCGAGGAUAUUGCAGUUACGGAGCAAGAAGAACAAAAUGACGAUGGUAUUGUAAUGCAAGAGGAAUAUGAAGAUGAAGGAGUAACGGAGGCCCAAAAUAAAGCCACCUUUAUGACUUCUCAUGUUACUGUGGAUGAUGUUCAAGUAAAUGUUAAUGGUACUCGCCCUUCUCUUGGUAUUCCUACCGGGCUUAAGUCUACCUCUGUUAACACUUUUCUUAGUCUUUCUAUUGACAUAGAAAAGGGUAUCUCCGAGAAAUUAGACACCGGAGAGUAUGGAGAUGUAACUGGGAAAGUUAGAUUGGAAAGGGAUGAGAAACCGGAAGAAUCUGGAUUUUACAUGUUCAUACAUGACUCACCGUAUGGACGACCAUUCAAGGUUAAAAAUAUUCAAUACGGAAAAAAGGAUAUAUCACUACAAGAUAUAGGAUUAGAGAAAGAUGAGGAAAUUGUUCAUCUUGCUGUAUGGUACUGGAAAGAUACAGCUGCAGAUAUGGCAAAUCCACUCCUCAUAGAAAUAUUAAAGGAAAAUGGAGAUUAUAUAUAUAGGUUCAACAAUGGUCCUGGAUGGAAACAGCUUUAUGAACAAUAUCAGAAGAAAAAUUCUGAACUAGUAGGUGAGGAUCUUGAGCAGGAACUUGAUAAUCUCAACUGUUAUCUCAACAAAGCGGUUAUCAUUAAUCUUACAGAGAACCAUUCUGAGAAACAUACCAGUGGUAAUAAUACGUAUUGUUGCAAGUACCAUAAUGGUCCUAGUUCUGGCAAAGGAAAGGUAACUGUUACUAGCGGUUCAGUUACUGCUCAGGGUAAGAGUAAUAAUCCUAUUACCUAUUACAAACAUGAUAUUUCUGCCGGAAGUAGCAAGCUUGUAAAAAUUAAGUACUACAAAAAUAGUGAUACUAAGACCCCUAGGAAGAGAAUAAAGCUUGGUGACCUUAACUUACCUACAAAAGACUCAGUCACAGUCUAUGUUUUCUAUUGUGGAGGAAACCCUGUUCUUAUUUAUUUGGAUUAUAGUGGGCAGGAUGGUGUUAAAGGAUGGUACCAGAAAGACAAGACUAAUGACAAUAAACCAUGGAAAAGCGUUUUGAUUGGAGUUACUGAUCCAAAUAAUAUCAAGGACUGUAAGGAUAAAUUCAAUGAACUUGUUAAGGUACUAAGUUUGUUUGGAUGCAGCGGUUAUAAAGAUUGUUCUGACACUGCUACUAGCCAAAAGGCUCAAAUAUCAGUACAAACAGAUCUUGGAGUAACCAUAAAUCUUAAACACAAGUAUGGAGAUUACUAUGGAAAUUCUACCAAAAAGAAGCGAAUUAAUGUGGUUAAAUACUACCAAGGUAAUGAGUUCCAUAAAUAUAUCCACACAUUAACAUCAUCAAAGCUUGAAAAAAUAGAAGAUGAUGAAGGUAGUCCUAUAAAUGGAGUUAAAGGAGAUAAUGUCGCAUCAGUUACAGCUUAUUACUGGCAGCAUGAUAAGGGCGGUGGUCAGACACAUAGUAGGGUUCUCCUAGUGGAAGUAGCACAGAAUGACAGUUCUAUUGGAAGCGAAUAUUCCUAUUAUGUUAAGAGGAAUGGUAAUUGGAGUGAUUAUGAUCUUAAAGGAUCUCCUGGAGGUCCCACUAAGGAGGAAUUAGACUUGCUCAAUUGUGAGAUUAACGAUGUAGUUCAAAUAGAUGUUAUGAAAACGAGUGACUAUUGUCAUAAUGGAAACGAUCAUAUGCCAACUAAAGUCAAGGUCAGUGAGAUAUCAGACGCAUCUAAACUUGGAAAUUAUAGAGCUUUUGAACAUAGUCCAUCUAAUGGACCAUUCAUAAUAUCUGAAUUCAAGAAAGGUAAUGAUUACAUAACGCUUGACAGUUUGGAACCUGAUCUCCCCCUUAGAAAUACAAACAGAGUUAUUGUUUAUUUCUGCAUGAGUGAUUUUGGAGACCCAUUGCUUGUACAUCUACCCAGUGUUAAUCAAGGAAAAGGAUGGUUCCAAAAGCCUACUGAUGACACUAAUGAUUGGAAACCUGUUACUAGCCUGAAUGGCAAGAAUAAAAAUGACUCUGACUAUGACGCAAUAGUAAAUUUCCUGGACACCAUAAACAGCCCCUGUAAACCACCAGAAGUAACUAUAGAUAUUUAUAGCAGAUCGGUAAUUAGACACUCUACCAUUCAUGGGAACCCUUUCACUAUGGAAGUUAAAAACGACCAACGAAAUAUAAAUGGUUUUACUGAGUAUGUUCACACCAUACAUGGGAGAACAAAAGGAUACUUCACUGUUAAGGAGUUUCAUUACAACUAUGAAAGGGUUGAGGGUAAGUUAGGAAGUACAGAAAAAGUUACUCAUGUAUCAGUAUUUUAUUGGAACUCUCUAGAGGAAUCUAAUAAGAGUGGGAACACAAGAGGUAGACCAUUACUUCUGAAGAUUAUAAAGAACAGGAAAUCACCGCUUUACUAUGAGAAUACUAAUUCUAAGGGGAACACUAAUUGGCAACAUACUGUUGUGUAUCCAGAGAAUCUCCAAAAGAAACUCCAUCUCCUAAACUGUAAACUUAACAAUGCAGUGGUCAUAGAUGUAAGUAAGCAGGAUGAAUCUUAUGACGCUUGUGAUAUUAAGUCCAUUGAUCCUUCUCAUGGUGAUAGAAUGCAAGUUUCUGAAAAUCAGUCUACUUCUGACAGAAGACUUGGAAGUUAUGAAGUUUACACUCACAAACUUAGGACUCCUCUUGGAAGCAAGUUUCAUAUAGUAUCUUUUAAGAAUGAUAAAACACCUCUAACUGGAAUUUCUGCAAGUUAUACUACUCCCAUUCUAGACGUGGACCAGGUCAAGGUCUACUUUUGCUUAAAGGAUAGAGAUAAGCCUCUACUGAUAUACAUAGAUUCUCAAACCCGUAUUUCUCAGAACAAGUGGUACAAGAAUGAGGAUACUGCUACUCAUAUUGGUAAAUGGGAAAAAGAAGCAUCUGAUUUAUCUAGAACUUAUGGCCCCGACAAACAUGACAACAUUCUCACUGUUCUUGACAGUCUACAGAGUUCAUGUAAACCUCCCUCUGUUAUCAUUGAUAUAUCGCAGAAAGUUUCUUCUAUGUAUCCGUAUCCUGGUAACUAUAUGGUAUAUCAAGAGCGAAUAAAUCUGGAACUCCAGCCAAAUUAUCCUGGAUCAAAUAGCCCUCCAGAAUAUUACAACCUCUAUGAGCAUACCGUGGAUAGUAGGACUAACAGUUACUUUACACUCUCUGGUCUUGUAUACGGAACAGGACAUGAUAUUCAACUAGAUGAUAGCUCUCGGUUCAUUCCCAUGCACAAUGUAACCUCUGUUUCUGUGUAUUAUUGGCAACAUCUUAAAACUGGUGGAAAACCUUUACUUAUGAAGAUUACAACUACUACAAGCAAGAGUAAACCUAAUAGUAACACAGAAGAUAAGUGGUUCGAAAAUACUAGCAAUAAUAAUUUAACAUGGAAGGAAGUUGAAAAACCUUGUCCCCAAUCUCAACUAUCUACAUAUCCAGCUUUUCUCCAAAAGAAACUCCAUCUUCUUAACUGCCGACUUAACAAUGCAGUUAUAAUAGAUGUAAGCAAGAUACCAGUUGAUGAUACUAAUGGUGUAGAGAAUAAAUACGAUUCUUGUAUUGAUACCGAUGUCGAUUCGGAUCAUGGGAAAAGACUUAAGGUUACCAAUGUCACUCCAGAGAGAGAUGAACUUGCCACCUACAAAGCCUAUGAACAUUCCAUUAUAGACUCUAAUGAUGGAGAAAAGUUUCACAUAGUUGGAUUUACGGGUCCUUCCACUGGACCUAUAACUCUUCCAAGUAGUCACGGUAAUGGCCGAGGAACCCCUGAUAAACCCAUCCUGAAUGUUGAGAAGCUAAUAAUUUAUGUUUGCCAGCAGGAACUCACAAAACCUCUUCUCAUAUACUACGUUACUGAUGGUGAUAAUCAUAACUGGUACAAGAACAAUAGCUCCGAUACUGAUAAUGGUGACUGGAUACCUGCUGAACAUGGUUUAUCCGACACUGACCCAGGUUCCUAUGAAAAGAUCCUCCAAGUACUCAAGAGUCUUAAUAGUAGUUGUAAUACUCCUCAAUCUGCUACUGAAGCUCCUACUCCUACUGCUCCUCAACCUCCUGGUCCUGCCGCUCUUGCUGCUGAAUCUGUUGGUAUUACCGCUAUUCUCACCGGAUUAGGCUCUACCUCUGGUACUCUUGCUGGAGCUGGUGGCCUUACUGGACUUGGUUGGUGGGCAUUUAAACGUUCUAGGGGAGAUCCUUGGGUUAGACAGAUUUAG